GAUACCCUUUCCCACUCGGGCGCCUAUCCGCCAUGUGGAUUCCACAAAACCCUCUUCACAAGCUGAAGAUUGCUGUUCAUCUUCUCCAAGCAACCCUCACCUUCAUCACAGGAUGUAUGACACUGGCAAUUCUAUCAGAAAAGGGAAAUCAUGACAGCCGGGUGCAAUGGUGUUUUGCUCUGUGCAUAGUACCUUGCUGGACAAGGCUAUGGCGUCUGGCUAAUCCUUACAUCUUCUUUACCAUCGACUCGGUUUUCACGAUUUUCUGGAUCUCGGCGUUCGCCUCUACUUGUGCUUGGACGGCGAAGGGCAUGCAGAAAGGUGCUGUUGACAAAAAGUUGAGCGCAAGCGAUGCGUCUUGCUCAGCCUUUUCUUUUGGUUCAACGUCAACGUGUAACCUUGCAAAAGCCACGACAGGCCUCGGAGUUGCACUAUGCAUUUUCUUUUUGUUUGCAGCAAUCGUCUCCGGCAUCGAUGCCUACAAGUUCUGGAAGUCAGGAACUGUACGCACACAACCAGAGAUCUAUGGCCAGACGCCUUCUCGUGCUUCUUCACCGGAGGGCAAGGACGAAUGGUCGCUCAGUACGGACGAUCUGCACGGUGCAAAGAGCACCUAUGCUUCGGAUGCGUAUCAAGGCUGGACACAAGACCCUGAACCUGAGUUCUUCGAGACGGACACAUCAGAGGGACGCCACCCUGGACAACAUAUCCGUAACCCGAGUACGAAGACGAUACCCUACGAGAGGGAUCUCACGCCCAGUGCUAUGAGUCCUGUAGUGGCAGAGAUGCGCUAUACAGGCAUCUUUCCGCCAGCGACGGCGAACUACAGCUUCUCGAGAGAA